AUGAUAAAGCCAUUUUGUGACGGUUUAUGGAUGGAAUUUGGUGUGUUUCAAGGUGCAACAUUAUCUCAAAUUGCGAAAUGGAAAAGUACAUAUUGCAGUAACAGAAGUCAGUUAGUUUAUGGUUUUGAUACUUUUACUGGUUUACCUACAGGCUGGAGACCUGGAUAUCCUCCCGGAUCAUUGAGUAUUCGUAAUGGAACAAAAAUCUCAGUUCCACUUAAUGCUGUUUUAGUUAAAGGUCUGUUUAUUGAUACAUUACCGACUCAACUUCGUUUGCUUGAUCUUGAAUACCGUUGUACAACUCCAGUAUCAUUUGUACACAUUGAUUCUGAUACUUAUAAUAGUGCGCGAGAUGUUCUAUUUCUACUUGGAAGUCGUUUUGUACCAGGCACAAUUAUAAUAUUCGACGAAUUAUUCAAUUAUCCAUCUUAUGAGAAACAUGAAAUCAAAGCUUUAUUUGAAUUUUUAUCGAGCUCAAAUUUACGAUUUAUACCGUUGGGUGCCACUGAUAAAAUUUUAAAAAAGCCAUUGGACGAUGAAUGGGUACAAUCAUUUGGUUUUGUUGUAGACUUCGAAGAAUUCAGCUAG